UUUUGAGAGCAUAUAAUUUUUUUUUUUUGUAACCCAAAAGAAAGAAAGAAAAAAAAGUGGAAAAAGGAGUAAAAGCAGCACACCUGCAGUGGAAUUGUUGGAGUUUGGGCAACAGAGAUUAUAUAGCGCCAUUUUUAUAGCCGGUUUCGUUGUGUUGUUGCAUAGUUAGAUAGAUUGAUAGACAGACAGAUAAUAUCCUUCGAGAAAUUAUAGGAUACCCUUUUUCAGUUUUUAAUCCACACCAAAAAUAUCUUUUUCAAGUUUUUAUUUUUAGUUUGAUUCAUUUGAUUGAUUCAAAGGAUUUUCUUUGUCUUUGGAGGCCAUGGCUGCUCCUCAAUUUCAACACCCUCAUCACAACUCAAUUAAACAAGAAGAAGAAAAAGAAACAAACCUGCAUGUUCAAUCCACUGAAUUCUUCCAUUCCAAUCUGGCCCUCUCCAAGGAUGGAAGCCCAUCUGAUACAGCAUCAUGCAUAUCAACUGUGGGAGAUACAACUGCCAGUGUCAAGAAAGGUGAUGCAGAUGCAGAUGCAGAUUAUGAAUCCGUGACUUCUUAUCCAACCACUGCGUAUUACGGAUACACCUAUCCAGGUUAUGAUAUGGAAAACCAAGGAUACUAUGUUGGCGGAUCCGGGAUGGAGAUGCAAUACCCUGUCAUGCAAGCAGAUAAUGGAUCUUUUGUCUACUUGAUGCCAGGAUUUCAGCCUGGCUACGAUCCUUACGCGCCAUACAUGCCCAUAACUACAAUCGGUAGUGAUGGACAAUAUGUUAGUCAACAGAUGUAUCCCCCACUCAGCCCCAUGUACCAAGCUCCUAUUUCCCCUGGAUAUAACCCCUCUCAUCUUCCUUAUGGGGAGUUAGUCCCAUCACCUUACUUGUGGGAUCCAUCUCUUGUUGGAGAUGGAACAGUUGGAAAUGCUUACAAUGGAGUUUUAGAAACACCACCCUCUAAAACUAGUUUCUCUUCCCCUAGUCACAAUCGUGCUCCACUGUUUAAAUCUCCUAAACCGUUGGAUGUUCAAUCAGGUUAUGGUGCACUUAAUCAGCCAAAACCAGUGAACAAGGCCUCAGCACGUGCCCCAAGUAUCCAAUCAGAAGCACUAGCCAAAGGAUACUUUUCUGUGGCAAAGGUUCCGGUCUAUAACCAAGGGACUGGUGGAUUGCUCUAUCCAAACAAUUCACCAACUUUAAAAGCAAAUGCGAAGGGUUGGGGUGGCUCUGAGAAGUUGAAACCAAGAAGUAAGGCUAAUGGUGUUAGAGAUAUUAGUUUGUUUAAUGAAAAGAACCAUGGCCCCAGAUCAACCAACCCUAAAGGUGCAUUGUUGUCUGGAGCUGAAAAGGAGAAUGGAAAGUGCGACAGCAUAGCCUCUGCCAUCAGAAAGGAUCAAUAUAACCUUCCUGACUUUCCAACCAAAUAUGAGCAAGCACUUUUCUUUGUUAUCAAGUCUUACAGUGAGGAUGAUAUUCAUAAGAGCAUCAAGUACAAUGUGUGGGCUAGUACUCCUAACGGGAAUAAGAGGCUGGACAGUGCUUAUCUAGAUGCAGAGGAGAAGGUUGCACAGAAAGGCUGCAAGUGUCCCGUGUUCCUUUUCUUUUCGGUUAAUGCAAGUGGUCAGUUUUGUGGAGUAGCUGAGAUGAUUGGCCGUGUGGACUUUAAUAAGAGCAUGGAUUUCUGGCAACAGGAUAAAUGGAAUGGUUAUUUCCCAGUCAAGUGGCAUAUCAUAAAAGACGUCCCAAACCCACAGUUACGGCAUAUAAUUCUUGAGAAUAAUGAGAACAAGCCUGUGACCAAUAGCAGAGACACGCAAGAGGUGAAAUUCCUUCAGGGUAUUGAAAUGCUGAACAUAUUUAAAAAUCAUCUGUCAAAGACAUCAAUACUGGACGACUUUGAUUUCUACGAAAGCCGCCAGAAGGUGAUGCAGGAGAAGAGGAUCAGGCAGUCUACACCUUACUAUGAUCUGCAGCUAAAAAUAGGUGAGUUAAGUAUCAGCGCUGAGUAAGGGCCUCAGGUUAGAGGCAAAGGAAGGAUGCAGGGAAAUGGGAAAAUGAAUGAAUAUUUGGAGCUGAAAGCCAAAAGGAAGGAUCAUAAAAGUGUAUAAUGUGUAGCUGUUUCCCAACAAAUGAAUGAGAUAUAAAAUGCUGGUUUUGGCUACCAGGGAGGUUUCUUUAUAGCCCACACAACAGCUUGAAUGCAUCCACUUUGAUUGCUUGUGGAAUCCAACCUCUCUCCCCUGCCUACCCACACUAGUGUUUCUUUCAGCAUAAAGUCUUUGGUUUUUGGUUUUUUUUGUCUCCCCACCCUUUUCUCCUCUUCUCUUGAUAAUCACAAUUCACAAAUGUAAUUGUAGAAAG